AGGCCAAGUACAGAAACGGGCAAACAUGAUUUACUUUCUUCACUUGCUUCUCUCUCUUUCUACUAUUGUCUCCCCUACCCAUGAAGCAGCAAUCGAGUCUCUUCCGCUUGCCCAAAAUAAUUUGUCAUCCCAAUGCCCCAUUGUCUUUAACUAUGUCCUGGGAAUCCCAUGGAACAAAACUUCUUGCCAAAAUUACCAGCCAUCCGAAAAUAACAAUGCCAAUCACCAAAAUGUUAUGACCAAUAUGGAUCCAUGUUGCAGAACCCUUCUCUCCCUCCUUGGGGUAGGCCUUGCUCAUCAUCUCAAAGAAACCUCUCUCUUUCAGCUUACUAGCUUAGCCACCUCUGUUUCUUGCUUUCAAGAUUAUCAAUCAAAGCUCAGCUCUCUUUCUUUACCUGAUGAAAUAGUGUCUCACUGUUUUGAUCCUAUGGAGUUUGUGUCAAGUCCUAAUAUAUGUGCCCAAGUGCAGACUUUACAUGAUUGGGUUGCUAAAUUGGGUAAAUCAACUGUGCUCGACUCGGCUUGUAGGCCUGAUCUUGUUGAUCUUGCCUCGUGCAGUGCAUGUGUGGCAGCUGGGUUUAAAGUUCAGUCUGAUUUGCUUCUAAUUGGUGGUAAUAAAUCUCAUGCUACAGAUUGUUUUUACUUUACAGUUCUGUAUGCUGCUGGUAUUGCUAAUGAGUUUGGUCCUGAAAGUAACGGUGCUCUGACAUGCAUAUUUGGGUUAGAGUUAGACUUGGAAACUAAUGUGGGUUCAUCUAGUAAAGGUCAUUCUGCUCUUGUUUUUGGCUUGACUGGUGCUAGUGUUGCUAUUUUGGUUAUGUCUAGUUUCUUAGGAUUGUAUUUUUGGUAUGAUAAGAAAUGGAGGAAGAAAAAUAAUUCUACUUUUCCCUUUAACUUGGAGGAACAAGGGUCUAGGCCAAGAUUGAGGCCGAAUACUGGGUCAAUUUGGUUCAAGAUUGACGAUCUUGAGAAAGCAACAGAAAAUUUUUCACAGGAGAAUUUUAUUGGUAGAGGAGGGUUCGGUUUGGUUUACAAGGGAAUUUUGUCUGAUGGGACAACGGUAGCUGUUAAGAGGGUUAUAGAAUCUGAUAUUCAAGGUGAUGCAGAAUUUUGCAAUGAAGUUGAGAUUAAUAGCAAUUUGAAGCACCGGAAUCUGGUGCCUCUUAGAGGGUGUUGUGUCGUUGAUGAAGAAGAAAAUUAUACUGAGCGACGGAGCCAAAGAUAUCUUGUUUAUGAUUACAUGCCAAACGGGAAUCUUGAUGAUCAUUUGUUUCCAUCACUUGAUGAUCAACCCGAAAAGAAACCAUUGACAUGGCCUCAAAGGAAGAGCAUAAUUUUGGAUGUGGCAAUGGGAUUAGCUUAUUUGCACUAUGGAGUGAAGCCUGCAAUAUAUCAUAGAGAUAUUAAGCCAACAAAUAUAUUGUUAGAUGCUGAGAUGAGAGCAAGAGUGGCUGAUUUUGGGUUGGCAAAGCAGAGUAGGGAAGGUCAGUCUCAUCUCAAUACAAGAGUGGCCGGAACUCAUGGAUACUUGGCUCCUGAAUAUGCUCUUUAUGGGCAAUUGACUGAGAGGAGUGAUGUUUAUAGCUUUGGGAUUGUUGUCUUAGAGAUAAUGUGUGGGAGAAAAGCUAUUGAUUUCUCUUCAUUAGGGUCGCCCCAAGUUUUUUUAAUCACUGAUUGGGUUUGGUCAUUGGUGAAAGCUGGAAAAAUAGAAGAUGCUUUGGAUGUUUCUUUGUUAAGAGAUAGGGAUUUGUCAAAUUCGAAUCCGAAGGCCAUAAUGGAGAGGUUUGUGCUUGUUGGGAUUUUGUGUGCUCAUGUGAUGGUGGCAUUAAGGCCUACCAUAUUGGAUGCUUUGAAAAUGUUGGAAGGGGAUAUUGAAGUUCCACCUAUUCCUGAUCGGCCGAUGCCUCUUAGCCAUCCUUCAUCUUUUGGUGAUGACUUCACCAUCUCCCCAGCGCCAAGUUUUCCACAAGUGAAUAGCGGAGACAUGCUCAGGUAAGCCAGAAAAGCAAGGAAUUUCAUAUUUUGCAUUGCCUAAUCCCUUGUUUGGAAUCUAAAUUUUA